CCAUCAACUCAUCGAUGUGACAGAUGGUAUAUGUUUAUAUAUUCUCUUAAUGUAUAUACAUGUAUAUACAUACAUUGUAGCUUAAUAUUACAUCGGAUACAACAUAACAAAUAAUUGUAGAACAAGCAUGGAUAAUAUAAACAUGGAUAACACAAAGGAAACUAAUGGGAACCGGAAGUCAAUUUCUGAAAAGGUCCGGACAAUUUUACUCAACAAUCUUCUUAUAUUCCUUUUGAUUCUGUCAUUAAUUCUGGGUAUCGGACUUGGUACGGCUCUUCGGACAGUUCAACCACCACUCAAAUCUCGGGAUAUCGGGUAUCUACGAUUUCCGGGUGAUUUACUCAUGAACAUGUUAUCAUUUCUGAUUGUUCCACUUAUAAUCUCCAGUCUCAUUUCCGGUCUUUCAUCGCUGGAUACGCGUGCUUCCGGUAAGAUAGGUCUUCGCGCCAUAAUAUAUUAUUUAACAACAACAUUGGCUGCGGUUAUACUGGGUAUUGUUUUGUCUGUGACCAUACAGCCAGGGUCACGUGGUGGAGAUCCGGAUGACAUUAUACAAGGUGAUGGGGACCGAGUCGUCAAUACUGUAGAUACGUUCCUAGAUCUCAUCAGGCAAUGUUUUCCAGAUAACAUCGUAGAAAUGUGUUUUAAAAAGACUCUAACAGAGCAAGUCUUGAAAAAUGAUACAACUGGGAAGACGGUUGAUGACGUCAACACAACAACCGUAUCCAUGGUGACGACAAAUAAUCCCGACGGGACAGUCACCCCAGACAAUGGCAUAAUGGUUGAGCCUGUGAAAGUAUAUGAGCCAAUGUUGGUGAAACAAGAUGGUAUAAACGUGCUAGGUAUGGUUGUGUUCUCAGUAUUUCUCGGUGUGAUCCUCGGUAAGAUGGGACCUCGUGGGAAACCUCUUAUUGACCUGUUUGAUUGUAUCUGUGAGUCCACCAUGAUCCUUGUCAAACUUGUUAUAUGGUAUUCUCCUAUAGGGAUUAUGUGUCUAAUAGCAGCCAAGGUUGUGGAAAUAGACGAUCUGGGAAAAACAUUUGAACAACUUGCAUUCUAUUUUCUCACCGUGAUGCUGGGUCUAUUUCUGCACGGGUUUCUCACGUUACCUCUCUUAUAUUUCGUUAUUGUCAGGAAGAAUCCGUUCUUAUAUUUGUAUGGCGUCUUAGAGGCUAUUGUGACAGCUCUUGCUACUGCAUCCAGUUCUGCCACAAUGCCUGUAACAAUGAGAUGUUUAGAGGAUAGGAACGGUGUUGACAGCAGAGUUGUUAAGUUUGUUAUCCCGGUAGGGGCGACAAUCAAUAUGGAUGGUACAGCACUGUAUGAAGCAGUUGCCGUUCUUUUUAUUGGACAAAUGCGAGGUUUCGAUAUGGAUAUAGGACGCAUCAUCACAAUAAGUGUGACAGCUACAGCGGCUGCUAUCGGUGCAGCGGGCGUUCCACAAGCCGGCCUUGUUACCAUGGUAAUUGUAUUGUCUGCUGUCGGGUUUCCAACUGAAGAUGUCGCUCUUAUAUUAGCAGUUGACUGGUUGUUGGAUCGUUUUAGGACGGCCAUUAAUGUUCUAGGUGAUGCAUUUGGUGCCGGUAUCGUACAUCAUCUAUCACGUGACGAACUCCAGAAACUCGACAACUACUCAAAGUCAGAAGCCUCAAAUACGGUGCCGGGGAGCACUAGAUCUACAGAAAAUAAUGCAUUAUUAAAUGACAACACACGGUAUAAAAACUACAGUGGAACUGACAACGACGGUUACAUAGAAAAGGAAGAGGAAACUUGAAAUUAUAUCAAAUGUGUACAUUGAUACUGAUAUUAUAUUGUUAAUGGGGUAAUGCCAUAUAGAUGUACUCUGUUUAUAAGGAAAGGCAUGACGUGAGGCUUGUAUGACCGUCAACAUAAACCCAAAGGGUAGGCCCGGUGACCUCACAUGCCUCUUAAUUCCUUUGUUAAACAUUUAUAUUGUACAUUAUGCUAUUUUACACUCAUCCGAUUUCCGGUUGCGUGUGUGUCCAUGCGUAGUGUGCAUGUUUAAGAAGUAUAUUCAUUACGAGGCAUGAUGGAAUUUCAAAAUACAUUGUUGUUACAAAUGACCAUGAUAACCACCAUAAGUAGAUAAUGUGUCGGGUGCAGGGCCGGGUCAAAGGAGAAAAUUUUACUUACAUCUUAUUUUCAUAAUCUAUUACAUUGUUUACAUAACACGAUUAUAUUUGAUCCAAAGUCAAUGAUAGCAUUGCACGAAAAUACCAUAUCAAAAGUUCAAAAGAUAACACUAAUGUUUGACAACCUGAAGUCCAUUUUCUUAGGUUACGUUCUAUGGACACCUGACUAGUUAUCUUAAAUAAUGCUUCAACUUUAUAAUUAUAUUUUGUUAAUUCAGCCUAUCACUAAUACUAACUUUAGCAUUUUGCUGUGUAUAAACUACUGUAUAGCGAUUAAGUGUUAAAAUAAAAAACCAACAAAUAUUAUGUAUGAUAUUAUAAAAUCAGUUGUCAGUUGAUAUAUUCAUAAUAACUUUGAUAUAUAUUUUUGCGAUUUGAUUUGAUUAAAAACAUAUGAUAAUAGAGGGCUAAUGCUUCUUUGUUCGUGCAUUUAAAUAUGUAGAAGCACGCGCUUAUAGCGAUAUUCUUACAUAAAUGUAUACCUCUAAAUCGGUAAUUCAUUGUUUUGUUGUCUGUGUUUCGUAUAAAGAAAAAUGGUUUCCAAUUGAGGACUGCUCCCAUUCUGACUAAAGUUCAGAUCUACUUAUUUAUUUUAUGUAGAUCUGAUGACGAACGUAUAUGUUUCGCCUUCUUUAUUAAAAAGCUAUUUUUAGCCAUGCAAUCAAACCGGUUUUUACAUAGGCAUUAGAAGAAGUAUCAAAAUACCGUUAUCCGUGGAAGUUAAACAAAUUGUUGAUUUUUGUUAGAAAAAAAAAUGUUUGAAGUAAUUUUUAACAAAUUAACUUGAAAUAAUAGAGUCAAUUUUUAAUGGGCAAGAUUGUUUUGCCAGUUUACCUGUCGGCUAUAUGGACAACGCCAUGUUUGUUCUCGAAAUCGUGAAAAUUACCUACUCAGUAUUGGUUUUCCCAGGGUUAAAAUUAGAAACCACAUCGCUUUCAAAAUUAUGAAAGCUCGCCGAUGAUUGGCUGUGUGAAAGGUCACCAGAAAUGAUUUCGUAUUUGGUCACGGUCAGAUCUAAAAGCGGAGCGUUAUUUAGAGCUGAACUUUAAUCAGAUUGCAAUUCUACGAUAGUAAAACUACCGGGUUUGUCAUAAAGCUCUUUUUUAUAUUGCGCCCUUAGUCAAUCAUGUUUAAAACGUGCAACACGUGAAUCAAUUUAUACCUUCGAGAGCAGUUUUAAAACUGUCCCUUGUAAUUCUUCUAAGAAUGGAUACGCAUAGUUUGUAUUGUAUUUUAUUUAAAAUUUUAUAUUUAUGUA